UUGUUUUUUUUUCCCUUAACCAACCCUCCCCCCACCCGCGCAACCCAACCCCAUUUCUUACCACUUUACCUACAGACUGCAUCCCGAGGCUGCCAUCUUUAGGGUUAAAUCUCGACCUCUCUGUGGACCCAGCAACUUGUUAUUGGACACCCACAGGACUCCAGGCAUUUACUUACGCAUUCGACGCCAGGCGUGCCAUCAUCUGCUCUCCUCCGCUCUCCUCCGCUCUGCUCCGCUCUCCUCAGCUCUCUCCCCCCUCCCGGUUGAUUCGUUUGCAUCCUUGGUCGUCAUCGACAACAGCCUGCACCUUCGAUUCAAUCUUCUCGAGGCCCAGACAGCUCUGACACCUGGUGGACGCCCCGCAAGCGAGAUCUUUCCCGACGGUGUACCCGUGCGCAUCGGCAAGAAUUUUUGCUGUCGAGUCACCAAACACCUUCUCCAAAGAUCGUGCUCCUUGUUUCGGCAACGUCUACGUUCUCUCAGACUUCGACCGAGACAAAACCGUGCAACCGAGUCCAGCUGCAGCAACAGUCUGCCCCGCAGUACCCGACAUCGAGUCGUCACUCAAGAUCGUCAAAGGCCUUAGUGCCGUCAGCAGAUUGUCAGAGAGGAGAGGUAAUUCUCGCUCUUCUCCGGACAUCCGAUCAUCACCGGCGGCCUUCGUGAGCAGUUUAGCCGAGGCGACCUAGACCUAGUCUGCACGACCGACCGAGCUUCUCCUCGAUCAACCUAUCGUCUUGCAACUUGCUUAACACCCGCACUACCCAAAACAAAAUGUCGGGCACAACGUUUUCCUACGCACAAGCCGCGAAGGGCCAGGCUGCUACUCAGCCGAGCACCAAGGACGAUGUGUCAUCAGCCACUGCAGUACCGUCAGCGACCCCCAAUGAGGCCGAGGUCACCGAGACCUCCGAAGCCGGCAAGACCACCCAACUCCCUGCCGAACAAUCGAAGCAGAAUGCCGAGUCCUUGUCCGUUAUCGCGCCAGCAACGGAAGAGAGCAACAAGACAACUCGCGAGAAUGAAGCGGCACCAGCACAGCCUCAGCAGCAGUCAGAGGACAAGAUUUCCAGGUCCGUGAGCCGUACCUCCCGGUCGAAUGAGAGCACAGACGGCAGGAAAGGCCGGAAGGGCAAGAAGGCUCGGGGCAGUGAGAAAGAGCCCCAGAAUGAACAACAAGCUGAGGAGGAGAAGGAGAAGGUCAAGGAGGCACCCAAGGUUAUUCUCUCUGAAGCCCCACUGCCCACAGUCAAUAUUUGGGCUCAAAGACAGGAAGCACAGGCCGCCAAGUUGAAGACUUCUCCUGCUCCUACCUCCGAUGCUGUUUCCGCCGAGGCCAAGAACCAAGACAGCGAGAGCCAAAGCACAUCCUUGAAUGGCGCGAACGGAGACAAGCCUCACCGGAAGGCCACCGACCUCUCAAGAGCUGCCGAUCAACAUCAGCGCAGGAACGGCCCCCGGGGCGCGCGUGUGGACAAGGAGGAAAAGAAUGCGGUGGCUUUGCCUCCAGUGGCCGAUGCCGCCUCGUGGCCGGACCCGAAGUCCGCGGCCAGCGCUAGCACCGAGGCUCCCAAGGAAAAGGCUCAAGAAAAGACUACCGAGAAGGAACCUCAGGAGGAUUCUGGAUCUUCCAAGAAGAAGACGUGGGUUGCUGUUGACAUUCAGCCUACCGUUGUUUUCAACACGCCGCUGCCACCGCGCGGUUCUAAGACCCGAGGCGGAGCUCGGGGUGGUCGUGAGCAAGGGUCUACAAGGCCACACAACACCAACGCCACCAAUGCUUCAAAUGUCACUUCCCAGAACGAGAGGGCGCCAACAACCGGCGGUCCUAACGGGCAUAAGCGUGCCGGAUCUCGCCCCCGUGAGACCAACAUGCCUACGCGCGCGAACACCCAAGCUCACAUUUCCAAGCGUACCUCUGUCGACGCAGCCCCCUCGAAGGAUGCACGUAAACUGUCGGUUUCCGGGAACAACGAGCAAGCUCGCGACUCAGGAGCUGAGACAUCCAUUAAUGCAACCAAAAAGGGAUCGUCCGUCAAGGAAGGACAUAAUGAGGCUGGAACAACCUCCGAGGCAGGACCAUCGUUGUCUUCCCGCUCCCAUGAGCGUCAUCACAAGGGAACUGACUCCACUAAAGACGGAGCACACCACGGUGUAAACGGCCAGCAGUACUCUGGCCGCGAGGGUCGACCUGAGCGUGGUCGUGGUGGAUAUCGUGGUCGCGGCGGCCACAAUGGCACCUCUGGCUCUCACCAGUCUGGCUAUACCGGCAACGGUCAGUAUGGCCACUCGUCUUACCAAUCACGCCAGCACAACUCCCCGCCCCAGCAUGCCGGUCAGUCCUCCGGCUCUUACAAUCAGUCAACUAGGGGCAGAGGCAAGUGGACUGGCUCCAACCAAAAUGCUGGCCGCAACGGAUCCGCCCCUGCUUUUGCACCGAGGAUGGCUCAACCCCACGAAUACUCUGUGCCCCAGUACCCCGUGCCAUAUGUCUACUACCCGGCCUACGAUCCCAUGGUGCCGGUUAUCAAGGCCCAGGUCGAGUACUAUCUCUCGCUUGAGAACCUUUGCAAGGAUACCUUCCUUCGUAGACACAUGGAUGGCUCCGGCUGGGUGUUUCUGGACGUGAUCGCUAGCUUCAGGCGCAUGCGCGAGCUCAGCAAGGAUCGGGAGACCAUUCGCUUCGCUUGCUCCCUUUCCGACAAGAUCGAGUUUGUCAUUGGCGAAGACGGUCAGGAAAGACUACGCAGCAAGGAAUCAUGGUCUAAGUUUGUGCUGCGGGAAGAAGACCGCCUCGAGCACCUCCGCCACAACGGACCGACGAACUAUGCUCCUUACCAGAGCCCAUUUCAUCAGAUGACCCCUUACGGUGCCCCAGUAAUUCCCCAGAACUACCCUGUGGCAGCCACGUACGCCGGUUUCCCCGAGGACCAGAUGUUCCAGGCCGGAUACGUGAAUCCCGCUCACUACGACCCUGCCUCCAAUGGCUCUGCCGUUAAUGGUUAUUCGCAGUUGUCAGCAGGUGUUCCUGACUACGCGCCCCCGGUAGCUGAGCUCACACUCGAGAGCUUGACAAACCUUUCUGAUACCGCCGUCGAACAGAUGGUCGUCGUUCUUGCAUAUGACGACAGGGAAGGCCAGAGCUCUUCCCAAGCCACUGCCGUGGCCGGUUAUGAGUCCAAUGAUUCAGGUCACGAGCAAAGUAACGGUGUCAAUGGCGCCGCCGUUGAGAAUGGCGCGAGUGUCGUGGUCUGGCUAGAUCAAUACAGCUCCGACUCUGCCAAUGUUCGUAUGGAUCGCCAGCCUUACACCGCCAUCCGUCAAGCGGCCCUCAACCAGCGUCAAAAGGCCACCGCUGGCGAGACUCCCAAAGAGAUGCUGACUCUUUACAAGUUCUGGUCGAAGCUGCUACUCAAGAACUUUAAUGACAAGGUGUACUCCGAGUUCCGUACUCUGGCGCUGGAGGAUGCGUCAAAGGAGGCCCCAAACAAGCAGGGUCUUAAGUGUCUCCUCGAUUACUACAACAACGCUCUGCUCAACAACGAUAUCACGAAGGUGUGGCCCCAAGACCGUGCCGCCCCCGAGCUUCUCCAACAUCAUUUCCAGGACGCACUGAGGGCUGAUCGCGCUGGGUCUGCCUAAAUUUGCUCCUGUUUGGAACAAGACCGAUACGUUAUGUGAUCCCUUGUCACGUACGGGGCUGAGGGGUAUUCUAAAUCGUGGCGUCUCCCUGUGCUGAGAGAGUACGGCUCUCUACCAGUCUUCGUCUACCUUUGACCGCCGACAGAAUCACCCAUACAUUGCCUACCAUCUGCCUCUCACGAAGAAGAUAUUAGGCCUUUCCCGUUUCGACUAUCUCCAAUUGGUUCAUCUUACAAUCGAAUGAUACACUCGUCGCUACAUACGUGUUUCGACAUUGGGAAUUGGCGUUUUGUUCGCUUUUUGUUUUGUUUCAAGUAUCAACAGCGGAAGAGAGGGGUGGAACAUUCUAUACGGUAGAAGACACAAGACAAACAACAUAAGAAGCGAGUUUCUGUCAACCGUUUUGGGGGUGCAUCUUUGGAAGUCGCCUAAUUGGCGAUGAAGCGUCGACAAAGGAAAAUGCUGCCACUGGUUCUUCCAGUCUCGCUGUCUACGCGAUGCCAAUAUGACCUCUGAAGCAGGUUGGGUAGUCGGCUGUCUACACCCCUUCUCGGUCACGAAGAACCCUUCACAUCUGUUUGACUGGGGUCCAGCUGGUGUUUCCUCGGGCGGAUUCACUUCAUGGGUCUGCAUCACCAGCCUGGGAAUAGGGUCCAAAAAGACGUUAGCGAUACUUGCACGCGGGUACAACGAAAAAAAAAAAGGGGGGGAAUGACGGGUUCUUUAUUUUCUGCAUUUCUUUUACUUGUUCAAGACGGGAAAAGUUUCGUUUCACGUCACAUAUCCCUGUACUGUGAUCGACCGACGUUACUCUGCUAAAUCGUUGUUGACAUGCUUGAGCGAAGCAGACAAUGAUUUUCUUUUCGUUCUUGAACAAUGGUGGUGCUGGAGAAGUUGGCAUGGAAUCACAGAUGAUACGACGAGAGAGUAAAAUAGGGAUAUUGACAUUUUUCAUGCUGCAUUUGGAGGGAACAAACGGCGAUGGGUAUCUUCAACUUGGACUCUCUGCUUACAUUACUUUUUUUUUUUUCUGUUAGGGCGGUAUGCUGAACAUUGUAUGAUUAGAAUUUUAAAGCCUACUCCAGGUAUUUCCCUGAAGCAAUAUGAGAAUGUAUUUGUAAAUUG